CUGAGCCAACCUUGAUUGCAAAACAAACACACCAUCAAAGUCAGCUGAAGCUCGUAUACCUACUCACUAAUUCGUUGACAUAAUAUGACGCCCCAAAUGCGACAAGAAGAUUAAAAUUACUCCCCAUCAAAACCCUCUAUCUCCCCUCACUCAUCCGACACUUAUUACACCGUACUCCAAUACAUCAAUUUAAUGAGCAUUUAAAAUGAUUAAUCAUCCUCGAUACUGUUCAAACAUCUACUUUCAUUAAUAUAUAGGGACUUUAUUAGUUCCUCCACAGUAAUAGAACAGUUACUCAUCAACAAUGUGGUCCCAAAAGAAAGGGAUGGAAACUUUAAAAGAAAUACUGAAGCCAUUAUCCUACCCCCUUUUCGUGCACGGUUUGGUACCGUAUGACAUCACGAACACCCAAGUUAAAUACUCCAAACUGAAAUUAGCCUAUGGUUCCUUGGUCGUAUGUUCAAUGUCAGCCGUGACAAUAAUGUUUCAUGACACAGCUUUCGAUCGAUUCGAAACCACUUCCAGCAUAAUAAAAUUCAUAAUCAAAUCAAACAUUCCCUGCCUUCUGAUAACCCUGAUCGGGAGUUUUUUGACCAGUUUUUUCGCGAAGAAUAAGCUGAACGACAUACUGAAGGAGCUUGAACUAUCCGAUGUGGAGCUUUGGAACAUGAGUCGAUCGAUGAGGUACCUAAGGAACCAGAGCCGUAGCAAAAAAUGGUCCUUCGGACUGCUCGGUUUUUACCUUGUCUACAUGUUGUGUAUCAUCGCUCUAAAUUUGGUGGAAACUCUUUCCCUAAAGGACAAAGAACGCUUUUUCGCGCUGUUGGCUCAGUUUCCCGUCCUCAACAAAAUUCUGGUUUUUAUUAGUUUCCUUCUAGCCUUAACCAUAAUGGAAGAACGUUUCACGACAAUCAACGCGAUGAUCAGAAUGAAAAUCGACGAAUCACUCAAGCACAAAAAGUAUCCACCAGUUUGCGAGACUUUCAGUCAAGAUUUACAACGUUUUGUUUGUAUGCACAUAAAAAAUUCCAAACUGACGGAAAAAAUAAACAGUCUAUUUUCCCUAUGCUUACUUCUCAAUAUAACAGCGACGUUCUUGAAAUUGAUCGGAAGUAUUCACUUGAUUUUGUGUAAAUUUGUCAUACAUAGUUCUCACGAUAAUAUUGGGGAGACGCUAGAAUUAUGUGUUUACACGAUUUUCAAUUCGCUGCUUCUAUUUCUGAUAGCCCAAGAAUCGAAAGAAUUGAACUAUAAGGCAACUGAAACAAGGAGAUUACUACUUGGAAUUGAUAUUCACCCAGAUAAAGAAGAAGCUUAUGAGUCUGCAAUAACAGCUGCACUACGUCUUAUGCAGAGCGAUUUGAACAUAAACGCUUGUAACUUAUUCAAUAUCGACAACACUCUAAUAUUUUCGUGCAUAUCUGCAGGAUCUACUUACUUGUUCGUGAUGAUGCAAUAUGAAUUGGAGUAUUCGAAAAAUAACAAAGAUUCCUAGAACUUGAGCUGUAGAAAUCGAAGAAUUUUUAUAUUAAAACUUGUGUGUUAUAGGAUAUCUAAU